AUCAGCGCACCGCCAGCUGCCACUGGGUUAGGUCGGCACUAGGUUCGCUGAUGCUGUCAGUGCCGUCGACCAGCUUUGUGUUCCUCAGCGAUGGUGUGUGAUUGGGAGCGCGAUUGUCUGUGCGUCGGUCAGCGACUUUGUCGCACUUGCAUCCACAGCCGGUGCCGCAGGACUGACUGCUACUGCCGCCGCGGUGCGCGCCUUUGCAGGUUCGGCCUCCGCGAGGAGCGCCCCAGAGAUGUCGAGAGACGAAUGGUUUCUCAAAACUGGUGGUGGUCCGACGCCGUUAGGUCUCAGUUCGCACCCGCCCGCCGAGCCGCCGCCAUGGUGAACAACGAUCGCGACAAGGCUGCCGAGCAGCUCAACAUCUUCAAGGAGGCUGCCGCCAAGGAGGGCAGCACAAUCAUCACCACGGGCCACGGCCAGCCGGUGGGAAAGAAGACCGCCUCGGUCAGUAUCGGUCAGCGUGGACCGCUUCUGCUGCAGGAUGUGGCCUUCAUCGACGAGAUGGCGCACUUUGACCGCGAGCGAAUCCCCGAGCGAGUGGUGCACGCCAAGGGGGCAGGCGCCUUCGGCUACCUGGAGAUCACGCACGACAUCACCCAGUACAGCUGCGCCUCCGUGUUCUCCGAGGUCGGCAAGAAGACGCCCCUGGCCAUCCGUUUCUCGACGGUCGGAGGCGAGAGCGGCUCUGCCGACACCGUGCGGGACCCGCGCGGCUUCGCCGUCAAAAUCUACACCGAGGAGGGCAACUGGGACCUGGUCGGAAACAACACGCCCAUCUUCUUCAUCAACGACCCCAUCAUGUUCCCCAGCUUCAUCCACACUCAGAAGAGGAACCCGGCCACGCACCUGAAGGACGCCGACAUGUUCUGGGACUUCAUCACGCUGCGGCCGGAGACGAUGCACCAGGUAUCGUUCCUGUUCUCGGACCGCGGCAUCCCUGACGGUUACCGGCACAUGAACGGAUACGGAUCACACACCUUCAAACUGGUCAACAAGGAGGGCAACGAGUACUGGGUCAAGUUCCACUACAAGACUGACCAGGGUAUCAAGAACCUUCCCGUCGAGAAGGCCAACGAGCUGGCCGGCAGCGACCCCGACUACAGCAUCCGCGACCUGUACGACGCCAUCGAGGACGGCAACUUCCCCUCGUGGACGCUCUCCAUCCAGGUGAUGACGCCCGAACAGGUGGACAGCUGCGGCUUCAACCCGUUCGACCUGACGCGCAUCUGGCCGCACUCGCAGUUCCCGCUCCUGCCCGUCGGAAAGAUGGUGCUCGACCGCAACCCCAAGAACUACUUUGCCGAGGUGGAGCAGAUCGCGUUCUCGCCGGCUAACAUGCCGCCCGGCAUUGAGGCCAGUCCCGACAAAAUGCUGCAGGGUCGCCUAUUCUCGUACCCGGACACACACCGCCACCGUCUGGGCCCCAACUACAACCAGAUCCCAGUCAACUGUCCGUACCGGGCCCGCGUCAAGAACUACCAGCGAGAUGGGCCGAUGUGCGUCGACGGAAACCAGGCGGACGCGCCCAACUACUUCCCCAACAGCUUCAGCGGACCUCAGGAAUGUCCCCGCGCCAAGCAGGUGGCCACCCGACCUAAGGUGGCCGGGGAUGCCGACCGUUUCGAUGAGUUCGACUCAGACCUGAGUCAGGUGCGUGCCUUCUGGGAGAAGACACUCAAUGCCGAGGAGCGCGCGCGGCUGGCGGAUAACAUCGGAGGACACGCCAAGGACACGCAGGCCUUCAUUCAGGCUCGCAUCGUGAAGAACUGGAGCAUGGUGUGUGAGGACUUCGGCGCCCAGAUUCGAGACGCCCUCCUGAAGCACAACACCCCGAAGCGAGCUGACGAGCUGAAGGAGCUGCUGGCGGCCGCCGCUUGAGCUGUGGAUCCUCAUCGACGUCACCAGCGGCGAUAGCCAAUCAGCGUGAUCAAACGCUGGUCACGUGACGGCCGUGGACCAAUGAACGCGAGUCUGUGACGUAUUGGUGACCCGGGAUGUAACUCAUGGGCGGUGUAGCGGUGUUGGUGCAAACCGUUCAUUUAUCUCGUCAGUGUGCGUAAUCAACGCUUCAUACCAACUGAGGUCAUAGAGGUCGCGAGGAAAUGUUAUAAUCGUUAGUCUGAAAAGGUAAGGAGUUUUAAUCUAUUCACUGUUGUGUUUCGCUGUAUUUUAAGGAUGAGGUAUCUACGUCAUUUGGAAAUAAAAUAUAUUCAUUAGCAUGUC